GGGGUGGAUUGGGGGAACUCGCGCCGGCUGAUUGGCCUACCCCGGUUGACGUAGCUGCCAUGUGACCGACGAGAGGCCCGGAGUUUGGAGCUGUGCAGUACUACCGCUGCUGCGGCCCGUGCUCCUUGUGACAGAUCGCCGGCAUCAUGUCCUCCCCGCCCGCCUCUCCUGACUGCUUGGAUCUGCCCCCGGGUGAUGGAGAAGGCCCGGAUACCGAGAUCCCGGAAGACCUAACUAAUGAUGAGAGCAGUAUGAAAAAGUCUCUGAAGUUACCACGCCCUCGGUUUGAUGUCUCUCUGUUCUACUUAACCAGAAAAUUCAUGGACAUCAUUAAAUCGGCGCCAGAGGGAGUUGUGGCUCUAAACGAUGUUGCUAAACUGCUGGGAGUAGGGAAGAGGAGAGUAUACGACAUCACCAACGUAUUAGAUGGGAUCCAUCUCAUUCAGAAGAGGUCCAAGAACGUCGUCCAGUGGGUGGGGACUGACCUGAACCACACUGGCACCGAGAUUCCACAGGAACAGCGGAUCCGCAAUGAUAUCAGCGAUCUAACCGCUAUGGAGGAAGCCCUGGACGAGCUUAUCCGCGACUGUGCUCACCAGUUGUUCCAGCUAACCGAAGAAAAGGCAAACAGGAAAUUUGCAUAUGUGACUUAUCAGGACCUCCACAGAAUUGAAGAGUACCAUGAACAGCUCGUCAUAGCUGUGAAAGCACCAAAAGAAACAAAAUUAGAAGUGCCAGCACCCAAAGAAGAUGGCAUAGAAAUUCAUAUGAAGAGCAAUAAAGGGCCGAUUGAUGUGUACCUGUGUGAAGUGGAACAGGAAGGUACAGGUCUGAAAUACUUUGAGAAGUUAACAAAGACUCUUAAGAUGGAUCCAGAGCCGAUCGUUAUUGAUGACGACUGAUAUAUAGGCGCGUUUGUCGAUACUGUCAGAGCAAUGAGACUUUUUAUCCAUGCGUUACACAGAGACUGGAAGUCGUUCCUGGAUUGCACGGUUAUAUUCCGCACAGCCCCAGCCCACGCCAUCCGGUUUUUGUUUUCCAUGGAUCUAGGAAGCGCCAAGAAAUCACUAUAUUGUCUGUCUCACCACAGAGACAGCACUGGACUUGCAGGGACGGAUUGGGUUCAGAUAAAGGGUGUGAGACCAACUGGCGGAUCCACACUGAACAUGUCUGCUGCGGUGCAUUUGGCUCUGAUAACAGGAAAACAGACCUUGUUUGCUGCAUCUUAGACAUUUUCCCAGACAGAUGCUUUUAGAAGACUUGUACAACCCUAAAUCACUGACGGGACAACAGACAAGAAGGGUCAUCCAGUAUCUGCUUCCCCCAAAUUACUGGCCUCCACAACGGUCAGAUUCCAAGGCUUGGAAGGUUUUUCUAUAGAUGUAUAAUGUCCUGUAAAUAAUAUCUGUAUUGUUAGUAUUCAUCAGGAAAUCGUGUAUUAUAAUGAAUGCACCUUUUACUGUACAUUAUGGGUGUCAGAUGUCACCUCCAGAACUUUGUAUAUAUUAUAUCUAUAUAUCCUUUUUUUUGUAAUCUUCAUACAUAGAAGCAAGUUGCUCUUGCUAGGUCGGAUACUUCUGCAGUAAAAAGAUUGGAGGAGUUGCCAAUGGCAACCAUUCAGCAUUGAAGUAACAUUUUAUAAUUUGCAUACUGUAAAAUUAUACAGAGCAGCGGAUUGGUUGCCAUGGGCAACUUCUCCACUGACUCACUUCUCCACUCUUUUCAUUUGCUUAGUACAUGUCCCCCAAAGUACCAACCAAUCUGCUCCUAACUGUCACUUUUACAGGCUGUGUUUGAAAAAUGACAGGAGCUGAUUGGUUGGUACUUUAUCUCUCCACUUUAUCUCAUGCUAAGCUUUGAUAAAUCUCCCCUUUAGGGCAGUAUUCAAUUCUUUCCACCCCCUUCCACACUCGUUCUGUUUCUGCUGGCGGGCGUGGUAUUAUCAUUUCAACUCGCUUCCCCCAGGGUAGCGAGGUGCCCUACCCUUUACGCAGCUAAACCUGAUUACUAUGGACGCGAUAACGGGGAUCACUUUAGAAAGGAGAAUGGUUGUGAUAUAUAAUUUGAUUACCGCCCCUAGGGGUAAAUGUAUGAAGCAGUAAUCAGAAUGGAGAAUUGAGCCAGUGGAGAAGUUGCCCAUGGCAACCAAUCAGCUGCUCCGUACAAUUGUAUAGUUUGCAAAUUUUAUAGGUCACUGUUAAAUGAAAUUCACGUUGGAGUGAAAACUGAUUUCUUAUUGUUCUAAGUAUGUUCGCUCCAGUUUGCAGUGGUGUAAGCGGGCGUGAGGAUUGUGUCCCUAAUAAUUGCCACUGUGGAGCACACUGUUCAUUUAUCCAUAAGCUGUGCUAUAACAUAGCCACAGGGGCUUCUCGCUGAUCUUAUCCCCUAAGCGAAAAGGACUGCAGUAAAACAUUGCCUUUAAUAUUCUUUUAUAGACUUGUAAAACAAUGACCCAUGUUAAUCUGAUGAUUGUUUUAAAUUUAUUACGUGGCAAUGGUAACUAGAUCGCACUACUGUUUUGUAUGAUAAUUUGCUGCCAAGCAGUACAACGACUUCUAGAAAUUGACUUUUUAUCAAAUAAAAUAUAAUUGUAUGAACUUUA